GUUGAUGAGUUGAUUUUGAUAGAUGCAAGUGUCUAUGCUGAAGGUACUGGGGAGUUUGCUAAGUUACCUAAACUGCUGGCAUAUGUUGUGGCAUAUGUUGGGAAUUUCAUCGGAGAUGAAUGGAAUUCGAGCAUGGCGUACAUGAAAGGCAGUUGUGUGGGCGCAUGGUUGCCGACACUAGAAACAAGACUAUUUCUUAGUGCCGACUCCAUCAAACAAACAUUACUAAUCCUGAAGCAAAUUCCUGGAAGAGCCACCGGUCACAGCCAGGACUACGUGAUGCAAUUUGUGGUGCCAUUGAAGCCCGUGAUGGAUUCCCUUCUGGUCCGAACGAUAUUUUCUAGACAGAUGGUUCAUUUAAUGAUGCAGCUACUGAUACGAUCGAAGAAUGAUGGCAUUCUUUGGCCCAUUUCGCAGUAUACACUCUAUUCUGCUUCAAUUGCUCUACCUGGUGGCACUCUUGUAAAAAGUGCCAAAUCAAAGGGUGUUAGUGUUAGGGCCUUGGUGGUUAUAAAUCCUUUGUGGCCAGUUGCCUACGAAAAGCCAAUUAUGGUUGAUAAUAAUGUCUAUAUAUACAGCUGCAUGUUGCCCAAUCUCAGUAGCAACAUAGUCACACACAAAAAUAUAAUUCCUAGCACCCAUACAAUGAUCUUGUCAAUUGCAAUAAAAGAUUUUAUAUCUUUUUGCCUAGUCACUGUACAGAGCUCCGUUGAUUCGGAGUCGCAAAUUCAAAACGAAUUUAAGAAGUGGAUUGUUAAACACGGGCGCGUGUAUAAAGACGAGGAUGAAAAGGCGGUGCGAUUUGCAACAUUCAGAGAUACAUGGUUGCAAAUCGAGGCUUUCAAUGCCGGCCCGGACCGUGGCUACAUACUCGGCGUCAACGGAUUUUCAGACGGGGAGCUUACGCCUUCAGUUUGUUCUAGGAAUAGUGAAAUAAACUCGAUUAAAUAUGUAAGACGGUUUGAUGAUCACUUGACUAUUACUGUUUUGUUUCAUGUCAAUAACAGUAAUAACCACAUGAUCAUCAAACCGUCUUACGUAUUUAUUGGAGCUUAUUUCAAUAUUCCUUGA